AUGCCUCCCCGAUCGCGUUUGUACCCCAACAACAACGGCAACGACGACGACGACGACGUGGACGUGGACUCGCUGAUCCUGAUCGCCUCGGUCGAACAAUCCAAGUUCGAAUCGCCCGUACCCGGCUCAGCAGGGGAUACGCGCAACUUGGGCCUGGCGAACCCGACCAAAUUCCAUUCGAUGGUUGCGCAGGCUUCGGGGAAGGGGAGGCAGGAUCCGUUCGAACAAGAGGACGACGACGACGAGGACGAGGAGGGGGAGGGGGAGGGGGAGGGGGGCGAGGGGGCGAGGGCGACGAGGACGACGAGGACGACGAGGAAGGUGGGACCGGGAGAACGAGGAAGAGAAAGCGGAGGUAUGCGAAUAAACGGAAUGCGACCUCGACGGGCAGGAGGAAGAUCGAUAUCGAGUAUAUCGAUGACAAGGCGAAGCGGCAUGUCAGCUUUACGAAACGCAAGCAAGGGCUGAUGAAGAAGGUGCAGUCCAGGUCGGCGUGGCAGUGGAGUACGUGGGCGCUUUGGCACUGAACUCGAUCCUUCCGCACAGGCAUUCGAACUGAGUACAUUGACGGGCACGAACUGCUUGGUCUUGGUCGUGUCCGAGUCGGGAUUGGUCUAUCAUUACGCGACGCCGGGUUUCGAAGCGAUGGUCGAGCACCGAAGGGGCAAGGAGCUCAUCGCCGCUUCCCUCAAUGGAGAGCUCCACAGCGACGACAACAUCGACAACCGAAACCCCGUUACUUCGACGUCGAAAGGACCUGCAAGAAAGAGCAAGAGAAAUAACGCACAACCAAAACAGAGUCGAACCUCGUCGGCUCCGACCCCGAUCGCCGCGCCGAGCGGUUCGACUUCCAGGACCAACCGAGGACGAAAGCCUUCGGCCUCCUCGCCCGCCUCACCCGACGUCAUCAUGGUCGACGGGUCUUCCUCACAGAAUACUGCGGCAGCCUACACCUCGAACGCGCAAGCGUCAACCUCGUCAGCGGCGGUGGAGAGGGUUCGUUCCUCCCCCGCAGAUGGGGUCGUCGACCCCGCUCUCAACGGGAUGCUCGGCAUCAACCACCUCUUCCAACCUUCCUCCAACGGCGGCCCACCUUCCAUGGUCGAACUCGUACAACAAUCCUUGCCCCCUCUAGCUUUCCCAGCCCAUUCCGAAUCCCACACCUACGCCUUACCCCCUCUCGAUCGACCCAUCGUCCCCGGCGCUCAAUCAACGGUCCAAACUCCCUUCGAAAGAGCUCUAGGUGAACAUGCCCCUGCGCUAGCCCUCUUUCGCGAUCAAACCGAAAGGGAAAGAACGAGGAAUCUUGUCCAAGGGCUCAACGUCGCUUCUUCGAUGGGACCCCUAACAAUGUCAAUGGAAGCUCCAGCUGCGAUCGCUUCGAGUACGAGUCGGUAUGGGUCGCAGGAUUUAAUGGAGGCGGCGAAAGGGUGGAAAGGACCAUUACCCGUUUCGGUUAGGAGGGCAUCGGAUGCGAUCGCCGAGACUUUGUUGGAUGCUUAUAAUCCGGGUAUGGGCGGAGGCGGUGGGGGUGGGGGUGGGGCACAGGCAGAGGCGGAACAGGCGUUGGCGACGGCUCGUGAGGUAGGUCGUGUGGAACUCUUUGCUCUAACCAAGAGGCUUCAUGCUCAUAUUUGUAUUCCUUUCACGUAGAUGCGAACUGUCUCGUCUUUCGUCGUCGCUCACCUCGCAACAAUUCGGAGAAAUGGAUCCUUGCUCCCUGCGACCGAAUCGACUUUAAAGGCUUUCGGAGAUUGGGUCAUCGAAACGGGCAUCGAAUCCGCUGACUACAUCGACCUUGCCAUCAAGACGUUCCUUACACAUAGUCAGUAGCCAUCUAACACCGACAUGGUGUUCAAAAGGCAUGAGAGCGAGCUGAUCAUUCGACGACGUUCUUCUCGGCCCUUAGCUGCGAUCUCCACGAGCUACCUUAACUACGACAAGACGCGGCAACACCUCUUGACAUGGUUCGACUAUUUGCGCGACCGUCAACUGAUCACCACCGACGUACACGACGCUUUAUCCUCCUUCCAUGACUUGCCCCGUGAAGCCAAGCUGGCCUAUGGGAUCAAGAAAUGGAUUGAGCAAGUAGAGAGAAGGUAUUCGGCUCAGGACCUGGGGGCAUGAGGAAGGUUUCGGGGGCUUUUGAGGUCUAUCGCGUGAGGGGAAACUAUGUACUAUUGAGGGGAAAGAAUCUGAGUGAGUUACCCACGCGCCCGUCCGGACUGAGAGUGGUCACUCUUUCGUGAAAGUCUUUAACACCUUCUCCCGUGAUUCUACAGAAGGGGACGAAGACGAACUGCGUUCGCUCUCCCCCUUCAAAGUCCGUCUACCUCGGGAAAUGACCUCCCUCCUCGAGAUCGAAGACGAACUCACCCUCUCGAUCACCCAAAUUCCCGCCUCGGAGAAAAACCACUACAAACCGCAUUGGAUCCCUGAGGCAUUCCACGCGAUCGAGACGUCGUCGAAUGCAGAUAAUGUCGAGUCGGAUAUUGAGCCAGAGGUUUACAAGGAGGAAUUGGAUAGGUUGUUAGCUGGUGGGUGUGGGAGGAGCGAUGGGGAAGAGGAGAAGAUUAGGUUUACUAGGGAGGUGAUUGCGCUUCUGGAGAGGGCAAAAGAGUUGUUGAAGCAGGGCGAUUUGGUCGAUUGA